AUGGUGAAAGAAAGAAAAACAAUUCUGGAGGAGAAAAUUCCAGAAACAAAGAAAAUCAAAAAGAUCGAGAAGAAGAACAAAUUUCCUUUAUGUGGCAUUUGUAAAAAGACAGUCACUUGGAGAAGGAUUGUUGGCAUUGUGGAAAGCCACAAUGCCAAUAUUGCAAAAGAUUCAGGCAUACCAAGAAAGAUUGCCGUAGCAAAAAUCAUCGAGCCAAUUACAUUGAAGAAGUUGCGCAAGAGCAACAUUUGUUCUCCGCCAGUUAACCCACCAAAGAUAGGGGUAAAAUGGGUCUAUAAAACAAGACUUAACCCCGAUGGUUUAAUACAAAAGCACAAAGUAAGGUUGGUGGCAAAGGAUUAUUUGCAGCAACCAAGGAUUGACUACACAUUGAAACAUUUGACCCAGUUGCUCGCCUAG